AUGAGUCAACAGAAAGAGGUAAAUCCCUUGCAAAAUUCUGGUUCGGAAUUUAAUGCUCCAAUAGAAGAAGAAACAACAACUGAAUAUUCGGAAAAUAAUCAUCAUGAUGAAAAUAAUAAUAACAAUAUUAAAUAUAUUGCACAAUUUCAUACUAGCAAUUGGUAUUGUCAAGAGAGAGGAAAGGAAAUGGAACCUAAUUGUUUAAAAUACGAAUUGGAUCAUAUGUAUAUGAAGAGGGAAUAUACCAAGGUUGUGGAAUUAAUUUUUCAAAGUAUCGGAAUGCAAGGAAUUAAUCAAGAAUUUAAUGAUGGUGAUGAAUUGCUUUCCUAUAUUUUCAGUGAUGAUUCCAUUGCUAAUUUUCUUAAAAUGUUCAAAUUGUUGAAAGUUCCGAUUGUGAUUAGGAGAGAAAUUCUCGAUACCUUCCUAAGAUGUUUAUUGAAGAUUAUGAAUAAUAUGAAAGGAGAUACUGGUGCAGAAUAUAUGAUUAUUAAAUAUUUGAAUGUAAUAGAGUAUGAAAUUAUUAGAAAGAAUGGUGUCUUGCCAAAGAGUCAGAAAUUUUCCAAGUCACAUGUGGCCAGUUUCAUGACACAGAUUUGGGAAUUCAAGGCAAGAGUUUUGAUACAUGUCAUGAAAAACACUAAAUUGAAUAAGUACCUUCUCACUCAAUGCAUUGGUUUAUUGCAGAGAUGCAUCCAUGUGAAGGAGUCACUGUUAUUCCUUAUUAGUGAUGAGAUUAAAAAGAAGGAUGUCACGGUCAAUGAACAAGGAGUGGAUAUCAGAUUUAAAUUUACAGUCAUUGACACUUGUUAUCAGACGAAUAUUAGAAGCUAUUCAUUCUGGAAGGUGAUCUCUGAAUGUUAUGAACUUUUAGAAAUGGAUACUUGCUCAAAGAAGUGUACCUACCAUGCCAAUUCUCUCACCCGAUGCUACUCACUCUUCACCCAUUUACAAAAUACCAAGACCUACACAAAGGAGAAGAUCAAUAUGUUUACAGUUGAGGAAGAAAAAUUAGAAUCAUCCUACUUGAGAAAGGAUACUUCGAAAGAUAUUCCAGAAGAAAUCAAGGAUAUUAUAAUUUUAGACGAUUCAGAGGAUAAUAUGUUUGAAUUUGAUAGAAAGUUUGUGGAUAUUUAUAUUAAUAAUGGAAGGACCAUUUACUCAAUCCUCAGCGAGCAAAGAGGAAUGAAAUCAAAUGAAACACUCAACGAUAACAUGCCUUCAAGAGAAGGGGAUGAUGAUGCUCCUCGAACCUUUGAUGCUUCACAACUUUAA